GUUUUCAAAUUUAUUUCCAUAAGUACCUCGACCGUCGAACAUCAGCUGAGAGUUGUCCGCCUGCCAGUUGCCGAUAAUAUAUUGCCUAUAAUAUAAAUUAUAAAUAUUAAAUAGCACAAUAUUAUUUUAAUAACCGUUGUCCGUUGCGUUUGUGUUGUUGUCAUAAAUAUAUUUAUAAUGUACUACCUAUGUUACCAAUUGUAAAAUGUUUUCACGUAAAUUCAUUUUUGGAAAUACAAUGAUUUAGGUACCUACCGGCUUGUACCUACACAGUACAUAAAUCAUUGUAUUAUUAUUUUCCGUUGUUAAAAGAACCGAUUUCAAAUUAAUCUGUAUAAUAUUUAUAUAUUUAUAUAUAUAUCCACUUAUUUACCUACCCAUUUUUAAAUAUAUUAUUAAAAUCUAUCAAAUGCCUAAUAAUAUGGAAUCGCCAUCUGUAAUAUUGGAGACAAAUAAACGUUAUUUUGUCGAAGAAAAAUUUCUAAUUGUAAACUGUUUCUAUGAUCAAAAGAGAAUUAGACCAUUCCUUAAAGAUUGGAUUGGACUAUAUCCAUGUGAUAAUGUUAAAUUAUAUGAACCAUUGAUAUUUGAAUAUGUUAUGGACCAUCCGAGGAUAGAAGGUAGUUGUUUUAAAAUUAAAUUUAUACCACAACUCUUUGCUAAAUCAGUUCAUUGUUCCGGUAAAUAUCAGUUUGUCUAUGUGGAUUCCUAUUUUAAGAUAAUUGCAAAAAGUGAUCCAAUUGAAUUUGUGCAUAAGAAUGAUUGUAACUGUAAUAAUUCUCUUUGUCGAUCAAAUUAUAUGGUGCAUGUAAAAAUAGGACAGGAUAUUAAUUUAGUAGUUCAACGUUUAAAGUGUCUUGAAGCAAGAUUACUAGAGUUUGAAAAAGGUAAACAAGAAGCAAUGCAGCUAAAUGAACAGCUUGUCAAAAAAUUAAAAGCAUGUGAAAUGCUUCGAUCUAGAGGUGAACAAUUUAUUGAUGGCCUUUAUAAUGCACUUGAUCAAGGAAAACCUGUAAAGUUAACAAACUCUAAAGGACAUACACGUUGGGUCAAGCGUAUGCGAACUACUGAAAUAAGAAACCAUGUUAUAUCUACCAAAACAGUCAGAAAUGAUGUAUACUUAACAGCAAUCAUGAAUACUCAAGAACAAGAAAUACAGAGAUUACGUGCCAUUAAUAAUGAGCUUAGUAAUACAUAUUUAAAGUAUUAUAAGCAACCGGAGCACACUUAUAAACCACAGAUAGCUGAAACUGAUGAUACAAAAGAUGUCACCCAAUUAAAAUCAUUUAAUAUUGAGUCAAUUUCUUCUGAAGUCAAAUUUAUCGAUGACUCAGAAUUCAGUGACGACUACUGCGAAUAAAUAUUCUAGCCAUCUACACAUUUUGUCUGUUUAUAUUUUUUUUUAAUCGACUUAUUUGUUAUUAUUCCUGUUAUUGAUUUUAUA